UAAGAAGAAAGAAUAAAUUGUCCUUUCAAGGACAUUUAUAAUUUUUAAAAAUUAAAACUAAAUAGUUUUACUUAAAAAAUGGAUGAUAAGACAAUUGAUAUGAUAUUCACUGGCUCAUUGGAGUCAUUGCCGCCAGUGAGUUCAAAAAUUGUUCGAAUUUUCACAAGUUCAACAUUUACGGAUACUACAAUGGAACGAAAUACUUUGAUGGCCAAAUGUUAUCCGAGAAUAAAGGAUUAUUGUCGUGAAAAACAUGGAUUGGAAUUUCAAGUAGUUGACAUGCGUUGGGGUGUUCGUGAUGAAGCUACCGACGAUCACAUGACAACAGAGCUCUGCAUGCGUGAAAUUGCAAAUUGUCAACGCUUAUCAAUGGGACCGAAUUUUGUUGUUUUUCUUGGUCAGAAAUAUGGAUACAGACCUAUUCCUACAUAUAUUUUUUCAGCAGAAUUACAAUUAUUAAGAGAUGAACUAACAUCAAUGGGAGUUGAUGGAGCUUUACUUGAUCUUUGGUAUAAAAAAGAUAGUAAUGCUGUUCCACCAAUAUCAGUAUUACAACCGAUUUCUUCAAUUCUCAUUAAUUUUAAUAAUAAGAGAGUUCCAAAAUUACAAGCUGAAGAUCAAGCAGUUUGGUGGGAUACGUUGAACAAAAUGCAGAAACUUCUUCGAAAAGCUGCUCUAUCAUUGAACACAAAUGGCAAAAUGGACAAAGAAACAAUGCAUAAUUAUUUUAUGUCAGUAACUGAAAGAGAGGUCAUCAAUGGUGUUUUGGACGUCAAAAACACUAAGAACCAUUGCUUAGCCUAUGUCCGCUACAUCAAUAACAUUAAUCUUCAAAAUCUCAAGAAAGCUUCACUCUUUGUUGACAUAAUUAAUCGAAGUCUUGAUACCGAGUCUUCAAAGCUUUUAGCUAAUUUGCGUGAUGAAAGACUUCCCAAUAAAAUUGAAACAACAAAUAUGCAAAAAUACACAGUUGAAUGGAUUGGUCGUGAAGGUCUUGACAUUGAAACACACGAAGAAUACCUAAACCAUUUCAUAGCACAUUUCUAUAAAAACAUAGUCAAACUUGUGGAUCGUGCAAUGCGCAAAGAAGACUCCAGUGCACAGGGGCAAAUAGUAACUGAGAUCCUUCAGCAUUUGCAUGCUUGUAAUAAUUCGGUUAAAGUAUUUUAUGGUCGUGAAGAAAAUCUCGAACAUAUCAAGCGCUAUAUGCUGGGGGAUUCAGAUAAGCCACUUGUCCUUUACGGCGAAGGGGGUUGUGGUAAGACCUCGCUAUUGGCCAAAAGUGCCUCAUUAGUUGCAAGUGAUUGGUUUGUUAGUAAAAGACCAAUAAAUGUGAUAAGAUUUUUGGGUACAACACCAGAUUCGAGUGCCCUAACACCAACAUUAAUAUCAAUUUGUCAACAAAUAUCUUAUAACUACAUGUUACCUUUUGAGAAUAUACCCGACGAUUUAGUACCUUUAACAGCACAUUUUAAGCAAUUGUUAACUUAUGCAAGUCCCGCACAACCUUUAACACUUUACCUUGAUUCUGUUGAUCAAUUAACAGGUACACAAGAUGCAAAUAAAGUUUCCUGGAUACCAACCAGAUUACCACCACAUUGUAAGAUAAUUAUAUCUUGCGCCAAUGAAGAAUCAAAUCCAACAGUUUCGCAAGAAUAUCAUGUUCUUUGUAAAAUGAUUGAUAUUGAAGAGAAUUUCAUUGAAGUCACCUCUCUGGGUGAAGACUUGGCUAUGAAUGUGAUCAAAAUGUGGAUGAAGACAGCUUGUCGUGAUUUAAACAAUUAUCAAUGGCGAUUGGUAGCAAAUGCCAUUAGCAAAUGCUCAUUGCCAAUUUUUGUAAAAUUAGUCUUUGCUGAAAUAUGUCGUUGGCGGAGCUAUACUCGACCACAGGAAACUCAUUUAGCAUCGACUGUUAUGGAUUCCAUUAUGAUGUUGUUUGAAAGGAUCGAGAAACAGCAUGGAAGAAUUUUGGUAUUUCAUGCUUUGGCCUAUAUCACAGCUGCUAAAUCGGGAUUGUCAGAAAGUGAGCUGGAAGAUUUGAUAUCACUGGAUGAUAAGGUAUUGGAUGAUGUGUAUCAAUACCAUUUACCACCUGUUCGAAGGAUUCCUCCACUUUUGUGGACUCGUAUUAGAAAUGAUUUGCCAAACUAUCUUAGUGAGAGAGAAGCUGAUGGUGUGAAUGUGAUGAAUUGGUAUCACAGGCAGUUUCGCGAUACUGCCAAGGAGAGGUAUUUCAAAAACAUGAACAUGGCAAUGUAUUUCCAUUCUAUGAUUGCUGACUACUAUUUGGGUAUUUGGGGUGGAGGAGUUCCCAAGCCGUUUAAGUUUACAGAAAUUCAAAGACACAGAUUUAACCUGACUGAUAAGGAAGGAUCAGCUGAUCGUAAAGUUCCGGUACAGCCGCUAAUGUUUUCUAGCAAAGAUGGCUCAGUUACGCGCUUUAACUUGAGAAAGUUCGGAGAACUUCCUUUCCAUUUCGUUCGAUCCCGACGUUUCAAGGAUCUUUUCGUCCACGUUCUCUUCAAUUAUGAAUGGCUUCAUGCUAAGCUUUCCAGUUGUCCAUUACAAGCUGUUUUAGCUGAUUUCGAAGACGCCUCAGCAAAUACUGAUGACAAAGAAGCCAAACGUGAACUUAUGCUGGUAGCUGAUGCUUUGCGUCUUGGAGGUGCUAUAUUGGCUGUGCAUCCGAAUAUGUUAGCUCCACAAUUAGUUGGUCGUUUAUUGCCAGAAAUUGGUGGGAAUGCAAAUAUCAAAAUGCUUCUUCGAGCUUGUGAUCGAUGUGGACCAAAGGAUUGCUCAUUGAUUCCAGUUAAUCAUUGUUUGCAUACUCCUGGUGGACCUUUGAAGUACUCCUUGGAAGGUCAUCAAUUUGCAGUCUUUGCAUUUUGUUUAACCAGUGAUUAUCGAUAUAUGGUAUCGAUUUCAACACAUUUCAUUACUUUUGAUCUUUCAACAUCGGAUCUGACAAGAGAUGUUAAUCCUGGCAUUGAAGGAAUUAUGCAACAGUUGGUCCUGAGUCAGGAUAACAAAUGGGCAGCAGCAUAUUCAAAUAAUAAUCAAACUGUUUUGUUGAAUACGUUAUCAAGUGAAUUUGUUGUUAUCGAUAAUCCAUUCGAUGAACGUGAUCAAGUUACAGGAUUGUAUCUCUUAAACUACAGUCUCUUUGUGAAUACAAAAUUAAAGUGGGCCCGAUUUGAUAUGAGAGGAAAUCUAAUGGAACAGUUUACGGCACCAAGUGAUACAGCUGAUUGGGAAAUAUUAAGUAUGGAAUUUUUUACCACCGAUGAAAACAACAUCAUUUAUUGGACGGGAAGUAUAAGUGAAACAAGAUUGAGACUAGACUCAACAAGAGGGCCAAACAGAAGUGAACCGUUACUUUUUCACAGUGCAAUGGCAAUUAAUAAAGAGCGAAAUAAAAUUUACUGCUGUGCUACAGAGGAAAUUUAUCAAGUAAGCGUCUUUGAUUUCAACAAAGAUCCAUCAACCGGAGCCAUCUCCUGGACCUUUAAAGAACAUCUACCACGUUUCGAAAACGACGACAAAGAAAUGCUUCUACAACUCCGUUUAGACAAAGAUAAUCGCAUGCUUCUGGGAACAUCAGGAAAAGGUUUCGUUCUAUGGGAUUUUGGCAAUGAAGAUUCAAGAAUCGACGAAAAUGCCAUGUAUCUAUCCCUGCCACAUGGAGUACGUAACAUUGCAACCAAAAUGAUGCAAUCUAACUCAAUAAUGGUCAGUUCGAGUCUCAACUAUGCUGUAGCUGGUGUCAGAAAGAAUCUUUAUGUUUGGUGUUUACAAUCAAAACAAUUGGCCAAAGUAUUAGAUGCACAUUUCGGAAGAAUUAUCCAAUUGGAAGCAUUGACAAUUGGCAAUUGGAAUAGUGUCAUUACAUCAUCAAUUGAUCGUUCAGUCAAAGUUUGGAAUAUUAAUAAUAUUUUUGAGAAGGUUCACGUUAUUGAUCGACAUGAACUUCAAAUUGAUGGAAUAAGCUUGUCUCUGGUGGACUUGGCUGUGACAGUUACACGAAGCUGUGUGGGAGUCUGGGAGACUCGAUCCGGUCGAUUAUUGUCCAAAUUGGCCGAUAGCCCCUUGGGCGCCAUUGUGACCCAUGCCGAAAUCACUCCCGACGGAAAAUACAUAAUCUCAUCGGAAACUGGAAAGUUUUUAAUAUGGAAUAGGGUUUCGGAGCAGGUUAUAUUUCGUGAUGAUCAACCUGGAAUUCAACAAAUCACAUUCCUCGAAGAUGGUGCAAAGGUUAUGACGGUUUCUUGUCCAAAUAUAAAUCAGAAAGAUGCUGGAGGAGACGAUGCUCAUCGUCUGACAGCUAUCACUACGAUGAGAUCAGUCCCAGAUGGAAAUAUUUUGUUUCGCUUUGAGUUUCCAGUUCGAACAAUACCUGGAUUGCCAUUUCGACAGUCGGUUAUUUCAGCUGAUGAAGCUCAUAUUAUUUGUUGUGCGGUGGACAAAUCAAAUAAGGACUGCAUUUCGGUUUAUAAUGCUUCAACUGGAAGUCAUGUUUCGAAGAUUUUGCUCAAAGGUUGUUCUAUUAAGGAAGUGAUAGCUUUAGUUCCAAUGCCUCAUAAGGUGCAACAAGUUGCAGUAAUCAGUAGUGAAAAAGGCAGCAUCAUGGAUAUAAAGAGUAAAAAACACAUUCGUUCGAUUCCGAAAUGGGGAGGAAACAUUACCAAGGACGGAAAAUUCGGCCUUUACGCUCCCACUAGAGGAGGUUUGGAACUUCUUGAAUUACGCAAAGGAACAACAGUUAAAACUUUCAUACCAAAAGUAGCUGAAGGAGUAUUUUCGGUGAUUUGUCUAUUCACAGAAAAUGACGAAUAUGUUUGCUACUACCACAGUGGUAGAAAAACUAUUCGAGUAUUUCGAACAAUCGAUACGGAAAUGAUUGCCAAUUAUCGACUACAAGCCGAACUUACAGCCAUCAAGAGUACCAAAGAUGGACAAUGUUUGGUCUUGGGAACUGUCGAUGGUUGUAUGUCGGUUUUGGCAAUUGUUGAUCCAACAAAAGAUGCAAUGAUUGAUUAUUUAAAUGGAUUGCCUUCGCGUGAUGAAAGUUGGAAAAUUAAGCUGGCCAAAAUGAAGGCUAGAGUUAUGUUUAAGGCUGCAAUACGUGUGACAAUGGUUUCUAUACGAUUUGGAGGUUAUAAGAAUAUUAGUGGAGAUCAAGAACGGGAAGGUUUGGAUGAGAAUGAAGUUACAAAUGAAGGAAAUGAAAGGGGUUCUGAAAUUAUGGUUGCUGCUUAGGAAAUUGAAAAAAAAAAAUCAUCUAUAAAAGUGUAUUUGUUGUUAUUGUUAUGAAUAAAAUG